AUGCAAUCGCAUAACCUCCUAGUCAGAGAUACGGUGGAGGAGUUCCUGGGAUUUCUGCGAACACGGACCUCCUCGGUGGGUCAGAGACCUCCCUUGCCGACGGCUGGUGUUAUAAUCGCACAUGCAAAGUUCCUGUUACGCUGUGCAAGUCAGUUAGUUAAUUUGGCCGCCAAUUUGGCGGCUGCUCUCAAAGAUGUAGGUCCCGACGCAGCCAAUGAUGACCACCUCUGUGUUAUAGACACGGAGCGUCUACAGGCCAGUAUUGAAUCUGCCGGUGACGCUGUCUGUGAGGCCCUGAAGGGUCUUAUAUCGCAGACCAAAGAAGUCGCUGGACACCUCUCUGCGCCGGGUCUGGACCUCUCACCCUCCACAAAGUGCUCUGUUCGUCCAAUCAUCUCGGGGCCUGAGCUGGAGCGUCUGGUAGGUGCCAUCAGCCGCGUUGCCUCAACAGCCAGUGAUCUCAAACAGUUGGUCGUUUCUGCAUCACACGCCGUGUCUGAAAAUCGAUCCAGUUCCUCCAUGAACUCAUAG